CUCGCCGCGCUUUUCUCCCUGGCUCGCUCUCGCUCGCUCUCAUUCCGGCACAGGGAGCGUAGCUUAUUUUUUUUGGGUAGCCCAUCACCGAUCGUACGUUUCCUAUAUACAGUAUUUACAAGUGGCUGAUAAGGGAAAAGGUGGAAGGCAAACAGCCUCUCCCCCCGUUUUCACCAGGCUCGCUACGAAUCCCGAAUUGUAGCCUUCAGGGAAAUAAACCCAGCUCCUGAAGACAGACCAACGUGGCAGCCGUAUACCUAUUUGCAUGAUGUUAAGGUAGAGAAGGAUUGGGGUUCGAGGGAGGAUUCAGUUCUUGGGUAAGAAGCGCAGAUGCUUUGUGCCUUUUCUGUUUGCUGCUUGGGAUGAGCUUGGAUCUAACCUGACCAUGAUUCCAAGAACUGGUACUUUUGAUUUUUUGCCAUCACUGGUAUAUACCAAUGCAGGUCUUUUCUUUCUGAUUUUAAAGAAAUAUAAAUUAUUGUUGGAUCUGGGAAUUUAGGCAAGAUAUAGUACUUUCUGACACUCAUCACCCCUCCCCUUUGCCUGCCACUGGAAUCGUUUCUGGAAUAUUUUUUCCACAUUCAGCGGAGAAAACAGAAGGAAUGAACCGACAGCUGGUGAACAUUUUGACUGCCUUGUUUGCCUUUUUCUUAGAAACUCACCACUUCAGGAUGACUUUCUGUAAAGAACAUGAUUCGAGGUCUGGAAAAUCCCCUGCACUGACACUGUCUCCUUCAGACUUCUUAGAUAAACUGAUGGGACGGACAUCAGGUUAUGAUGCAAGAAUAAGGCCGAAUUUCAAAGGUCCUCCUGUAAAUGUUACCUGCAACAUAUUUAUCAACAGCUUUGGUUCAAUUGCAGAAACUACGAUGGACUACCGAGUGAACAUAUUUUUGAGGCAGCAGUGGAACGACUCUCGCCUUGCCUAUAGCGAAUAUCCUGAUGACUCUUUGGAUUUGGAUCCAUCAAUGUUGGACUCUAUUUGGAAACCUGAUUUAUUCUUUGCCAAUGAGAAGGGUGCAAACUUCCAUGAUGUCACCACAGACAACAAGCUUCUGAGGAUUUCCAAAAAUGGGAAAGUGUUAUAUAGCAUCAGGCUAACAUUAACCUUAUCCUGUCCCAUGGACCUGAAGAAUUUUCCUAUGGAUGUACAAACAUGUACAAUGCAACUAGAGAGCUUUGGCUACACUAUGAAUGACCUGAUAUUUGAGUGGAUGAGUGAUGCUCCAGUGCAAGUAGCAGAAGGUUUGACUCUGCCACAGUUUAUUCUGAAAGAAGAGAAGGAACUUGGCUAUUGCACAAAACAUUAUAACACUGGAAAAUUUACAUGCAUUGAAGUAAAGUUUCAUUUGGAGCGUCAGAUGGGAUAUUAUUUAAUCCAGAUGUACAUUCCUAGCCUGCUGAUCGUCAUUUUGUCCUGGGUUUCUUUCUGGAUCAACAUGGAUGCCGCUCCUGCCAGAGUUGCCUUGGGCAUCACCACAGUCUUGACAAUGACCACUCAGAGUUCAGGCUCCAGAGCAUCUCUUCCAAAAGUCUCUUAUGUAAAAGCUAUUGACAUUUGGAUGGCUGUAUGUCUUCUUUUUGUGUUUGCUGCCUUGCUUGAAUAUGCAGCAGUGAAUUUUGUGUCAAGGCAACACAAGGAAUUUCUGAGGCUCCGGAGAAGGCAGAGGAGGCAGAACAAGGCACAGACUGUAACUGUUGGGAAUGAAAGUGUCGAGUCAGUACGGCGCGCAAAUGGCUUGCGGAUAAAAGAGUCAUCGGCAUACGGGCCAGUGAAUCAGAUCUGCAAUCCAAGUUUGAGGGAGGAAGAUCCUGCUCGUGAUAGUCGGUUUAAUUUUGGCUAUGGGAUGGGUCACUGUCUACAGGUGAAAGAUGGUGCCACAGUCAAAGCCACGCCUCCCAAUCUUCCUCCACCUCCCCCACCAAAGGAUUCGGAUUACAUCAAAAAGAAGUUUGUUGACCGUGCCAAAAGGAUUGAUACAAUAUCCCGAGCUGCGUUCCCACUUGCCUUUCUCAUCUUCAACAUAUUUUACUGGAUUACAUACAAAAUUAUACGUCAUGAGGAUAUUCACAAAAAAUAAACCUUGUGCUAUUAGCUGGGACCUUCUAGCCAAAGUGACUCACUUGUAAAUAAAAGAGUGACAUGUCUUCUCUGUCGUGGGAGCUGAGGGGUUGUUGUCUUGUGAUACUAAAGAGGGCAGGGAAGGGGUAAGAAAAAAGGAAAAGAAAAGUUUCAGUAACUGUUGCACAAAACAAGAGGUGGUGAGGUCACACAAUAAGGACUUCCUGAGGUACUCUCAACAUGGUUCUUCCAGACUCUUGUGAGGAUCAAAACAAACCUAAACAGGGCCAAAAGAAAAAGAGAAGUUUCCCGAAAAGUCUCUCUCUCUCUCUCUCUCUCUCUCUCUCUCUCUCUCUCUGUGCUGUAUUUAAGAAAUUCCUAACAGCAUCUACCAUGGGACUGUCUGUACGGCUGCAUUGCAAUGAGUUUUAAGAGGACCAAACUUUUUUCAGGGUAAUGCUGCCUUUGUAUAUGAAACAAGUCUGCUAAGCUACAUUCCAUCAAUGUCUGCAGUUAGAGGCUUGCCCAGAAGUCCUUUUGUGGAUUGGAAAUUAUUUCUACUAAUAGGGCAUGGGG